GCGCGCAGUCGCAGAGGCCGUGAGUGGAGCUGGUUCCCGGUUGCCUCAGCGGCCGGCUCAUGGCGGCGGCGCGUGACGGUUUUAAAUUGAAGAGAAAAUGUCACUUUACGAUGACUUGGGAGUUGAGACCAGCGAUUCCAAAACAGAAGGCUGGUCUAAAAACUUCAAACUACUGCAGUCUCAACUGCAGGUGAAGAAGGCAGCUCUCACUCAAGCGAAGAGUCAGAGAACCAAACAAACAACAGUACUUGCUCCAGUGAUUGACCUGAAACGAGGUAGUUCUUCUGAUGAGAGACAGAUCGUGGACACACCGCCUCAUGUAGCAGCUGGGUUAAAGGAUCCCGUACCUAGUGGUUUUUCUGCAGGAGAUGUAUUGAUUCCUUUGGCAGAUGAGUAUGAUCCUAUGUUUCCAAAUGAUUAUGAAAAAGUGGUGAAGCGGCAAAGAGAGGAACGACAGAGGCAGCGUGAGCUGGAGAGGCAAAAGGAAAUUGAAGAGAGAGAAAAAAGACGUAAAGACAGGCAUGAAGCCAGUGGGUUUUCGAGAAGACCGGAUCCAGAUUCUGAUGAAGAUGAAGAUUACGAAAGAGAGAGAAGAAAAAGAAGUAUGGGAGGAGCUGCAAUUGCACCACCCACUUCUCUGGUUGAGAAGGACAAAGAACCUGUAGCAUCAUUCCCAUACGAAGAUGAGUCAAGAUCUCGGGCACCAUCUUCCAAAGCAGCCAUUCCUCCUCCAGUGUACGAUGAGCCAGACAGACCUCGUUCCCCCACAGGACCUAGCAACUCAUUCCUUGCUAACAUGGGAGGGACAGUAGCUCAUAAAAUCAUGCAGAAGUAUGGUUUCAGAGAGGGUCAAGGCCUGGGAAAGCAUGAACAGGGGCUGAGCACAGCACUCUCUGUAGAGAAAACAAGCAAGAGGGGUGGCAAGAUCAUUGUUGGUGAUGCUACAGAAAAAGCAGAUGCAACCAAGAAAGCAGAUUCUAAUCCACUGACUGAGAUACUGAAAUGCCCAACUAAAGUGGUCCUACUAAGGAAUAUGGUGGGUGCUGGUGAGGUGGAUGAAGAUCUGGAAGUUGAAACUAAGGAAGAAUGUGAAAAAUAUGGCAAGGUUGGGAAAUGUGUCAUCUUUGAGAUUCCUGGUGCCCCUGAUGAUGAAGCUGUAAGAAUAUUUUUGGAAUUUGAACGGGUUGAGUCUGCAAUUAAAGCUGUUGUGGAUCUAAAUGGAAGAUACUUUGGCGGCCGAGUGGUGAAGGCUUGUUUCUACAACCUGGACAAGUUCAGAGUACUGGAUCUGGCAGAGCAAGUUUGAUUUUAAAAAUCUAGCUCGAGGUGUCACUGUUUUGGCAAUCAUGUUUUCAGCAGUAGGCUGGGAAAAAAGAAGAGAAAGUAGCUUUCCUAGCAGACUGGAAACAAGCCUCAUUGAAUGGAUUUUUCGCAUUCGUUGUGACUUCAUUUUUUUGUAAUAUAAAGCCCUUUGAAAUUAAGAUUCAUGUCUGUUGUGUUUUUGAAUUGCACAAUUCUGCUUAUUGCUCUGGGAAUCCUUGGUUUUUUGAACUUUUCAUCCCUUGACUUCAAUUAUUUUGCAAACCCACUGCUGAGGAAAUGCUUUGUCUGUAUCCUUGUUUUCCUUGUUCUGGUGCUUCUUCACAGUUUUCCUGUGCAGCAUCCACUGUAAGUGGGAAGCUUUGGAAAAGGACUGUGUGCUAUUAUGCUUCUCUUUCCUGAUAUUUCCCUUGCUGGUCAGUCCUCCAUCUCUGCACACCAGAGUGAUUUGGAGUCGUUGGACAGUUGGCAACUAGUUUGUUCUUUCCUGACUUUAGCACAAUAUUUUCUAUGCCAGAAUGGAGACUAAAGUAAAAGGGAGUGAGUUUGUGUUUCUUCCCAAGUCCAAAGAAAACACAUUUAAAUUGAGGGAAAUGGAAUAAGAAAGGAAAUAAAAAAGGCUCAGGCAUUUGAAUCAGAAUGAGUGGACUGUUAGCAGAUGCUCUGCACUGUCAGACAGUCUUUGCUAGCAGCCUUAACUGAUUGCAGGUAGUUAUUGAAAUGCUGUUUAUAGAACUGAGAGAAACUUUCAUCUGGCCAGCUAUCAGAUUCUCAAUUCUUCUAACGUAGGUAACUAACUUUUAAUUGAUUUACACCUAAGAAGAAUGCAGUGGAAGAAAAUGCUCAUAGAAAAGUAUGAAGAAAUGACAAACUAAACUUCUAAACACUGCAGCUCUUUGCAAUCUGGUGUAAAAUAGUAUGUAGCAUUCUCCUCCUGGUUUCGUGUUCACCUUUUGUUUGGGAACCGUAUGUGACAGAGGUGGCAAGAGAAGGCUGUGCAGUGAUGGUGGCUGUGUGCUCCAUUGCAUUUACAAUUCCCACUGAAGUUGUGUGGGCAUUAAAAUGGAAGGGAGCUUUGAGGGCAUUUUAGCUGUUCAAAAGCUGGAUGUCUUUUUCCUGUUAUACACAUGUAUUUGGGGGAGGGGAUAUAGAUCUGUAGUUGAUCAAUGCUGUGAGUAUCUCCAGUUCUUGCCUUUUUUAUUAAGUUUUGGCUGCAGAUCCAUAUGACAGACCCUUCGUCUUGUUUCUUGCUUAUUUUGUCUGCUUGUGUUCCAGCAACCCCUGUACAAACAUUUGCCUGUAAAAGAGAAAACAAUUUUUUGUAAAAAAAAACCCUUGUAUUUUA